AUGAUAUCUCGAGAAACACCAGAACUACCGUAUCAAAGAGUAGGUUGCGAUAUUUUGGAAUUUAAAGGAAAGCCAUUUUUGGUCAUAGUAGACUAUUUAUCAAAAUGGUUUGAUCUUAAGGAACUAGACACAAAGUCAGCUAAAAGUGUCGUUAGGGUGAUGAAAGAAACGUUUUCGGUGCAUGGGAUACCAGAAGAAGUAGUUUGCGAUAAUCAGCCAUUCAAUUCAUAUAUAUGUAGGCAAUUUGCAAAAGAAUGGGAUUUUAAAUUCACGUACGCAAGUCCAUUUUAUCCAAAAUUAAAUGGAAUGGCGGAAAAGGCCGUGCAUACCGCAAAGUCGAUUUUGAGAAAAUGUUUAGAGAGUGGAGGAGACCUUUAUCUUACUCUGUUAGAAUAUAGGAGUACAAAACUUGCUCAUUUGGACUUUUCACCAUCACAACUGUUAAUGAGUAGAAACUUAAGAACUAAACUCCCAAUAGCAAAGAAUCAGCUUAGGCCUAGAAUAUUAGAAACAGAAGAUCUAAUUAAGAUGCAGCAAAUUAAAUUAAAUCAGAUAAACUACUAUAAUAGGAGAGCGAAUAGAAAAGAAUUAGAACUUAAUAAAGGAGAUAACGUGGUGUACAGAAAAGGAGUAGUUUGGGAGCCAGCUAAAAUAAAAGAAAAAAGUAACAGUCCAAGGUGGUAUGUGCUACGCACUGAAAACAAUAAAGUAAUUAGAAGGAACUCAGAACAUUUGCGUAGAUCAUAUAAUGAACCAAAAUUUAGAAAUUUAAAUGAGGAAGAAGAAAACAUGCAUAGGACCAUAAACAAUAGCGACUUUAUGAAACAAGAUUUAGAACAGCAAGGUGUUUCUUCGGAAAAUUCAAAACAGGACAUUAACAUACCACAAAGUAUUCCAUCCUUGCAAACGCAAAAUCACUACCAAACUCGCUAUGGGCGAAGCGUUAAAAAGCCAAUUUUUUUGGGAGAUAAACGUAUAAAAAAAAAAAAAAAAUGA